UAGGCAUCAAGAUCGACGGGUUGUGAAAACGUAUCAACGCAACAAUGGGUGACCGCAAGGCUGUGAUCAAGAAUGCCGAUAUGAGCAAUGAUAUGCAGGAUGAUGCCGUACACACUGCUGCCUAUGCGCUGGACAAAUUCCCAUUGGAAAAGGAUGUGGCCGCACAUUUAAAGAAAGAGUUCGACCGUAAAUAUUCGCCCACUUGGCACUGUGUUGUUGGAAAGCACUUUGGAAGCUACGUGACGCACGAAACACAAAAUUUCAUCUACUUCUACCUGCAAGACCGUGCAUUCCUCCUAUUCAAAUCCGGAUAAGUUCGUUUUCAAUCGUGGAGAAAACAGAGGCCGCCCAGAUUUGCUGUUGCUUAUACCAAACCACUAGGUGAUUUUAUUUUGGUCAUCUCGGUUAAAUAAAACUGUUUUGGCUGAUAC